AUGUCAAAUAUUUCAUUAAUUAAAUUUUUAACAUAUAUAAGAAUUUUCUUAUGGUAUUUUGUUAUGUUAACAUGUUUAUUAACACGUACAUUAUUUAUUAUUCAAACUUGGUCGAAACUUUUUUUUGUUAUAUUAAUGUUGAAUAUAAUUUGUUCUAUAAUAAAUUUUUUUAUAUAUAAUCAUCGUGGAUAUUAUCGAAAACUAAAACAUAUUCUAAUUGGUUUCUUACCUGUAUUGACUUUUGCUACAUUUAUUAUUUAUAUUAUUUAUAUGUUUAAUGUAUAUUAUCGUGUGAUGAAUUUAUUAACAGUAAAUAUAAUGAAUAAUGAUCGAAAUACAAGUUUACUAUCAAAUACAUUAAAUUAUCAUAAAUGUUGUCGAAUUCAAGAAGAAAUUUUAUUUGAUUCAGUUAAUGAAAGAGAUUAUUUUAUUUUAUUUCCUUCAUGUAAAAAAAUCAUAGAAGACAAUGAAAUGAAAAAAGAUCAAUGGAAUGUAAUAAGAACAUGUGGACCAAUAUUUAGAUCUAUUAUAUUUUAUAUUCGAUUUGUUUUAAUAUUAGAUUUAACAUUAACAUUUAUUAUUAUGAUUGUAAGUUUAAUAUAUAUAUGGGAAGAAACUGAUGAAUGGAUUGAUAAUACUCAAUCGAUACUAUUAAUAACUGAUAAUAUUAAUUAUAAAAUAAAAUAA